AUGGCUCCACCACCAAAAUUCACCACUGCGGGCAAUUGUGGCUUCGAUGGGGUUAUCAGUGUUCGACAGCUGACCCAUCCCGACCGCCUUUUCAAUCUUGAGGUGACCUUUGACGACUAUCACCCGCACAUGCACAACCUUCGCAAGCAAACCUCACCACAACACUUCCGCUAUCUUCAAGCGGAAUUUGUCAGAGUACUUGAAGGGCCUCCAUCGGUAGAGCAGAAGUACACCAAGUUUUUGCUAAGUGGACCAGCAUCUGAAGGGCCGUUCAUGUUGGAUGCAAUCUUCUACGAGAAUUACUACCUGUACAUAACCAAGGUAUUAGCACCCGGAGGUGAAGGACUUAGCCUUAUCGAAGUGUUCUGUAUGUUCGAUGCUGGUGGCUCAUGA